AUGCAUACUCAAACCUUGCGAGAAACGGGUCGAGCCGAAACCCAGCCGCAACCGGAGCCCUCCCCUCCCGCAUCCACAGCAGCAGCAUCAGCUGAAGAACCAACCGAGACGCCAGCGGCUGAGCCCUCGUUUUGGGUCUCUGAUUCCGCCGCGAAUCAACUAAACGCCAUCAACGCUAAAUCCAACACCACAAAGAAACUCCGCGUAACAGUCGAAUCCGGCGGCUGCCACGGCUUCCAGUACAAAAUGGAGCUGACGGAUGAGUAUGACCCUGCGGAAGACAUACUAAUAACGAAAAACAACGCAACAAUAGUAAUCGACACCACCUCCCUCGAUUUCGUCAACGGGUCCACGCUGGAUUACGUUGAGGAGCUGAUUGGGUCCAGUUUCCAGGUUACGGAUAACCCGAGGGCGGAGUCGAGCUGUGGGUGUAAGACGAGUUUUAAUGUCAAGUUUUGA